AUGGAACAUUGGGCGAAAAAAACUCUCCAUUUAGCAGCAAUCCUGGCCUUGUUUCCUUCAGAAAUAUUUUCUCAUUUUGUUCAUAUCUAUCUAUCUAUCUAUCUAUGUAUCUAUCUUAUUCUGUUCAUAUCUAUUUAUCUCAUUCUGUUCAUAUCUAUCUAUCUAUCUCAUUCUGUUAUCUAUCUAUCUAUCUAUCUAUCUAUCUAUCUAUCUAUCUAUCUAUCUAUCUCAUUCUGUUCAUAUCUAUCUAUCUAUCACACUCUGUUCAUAUCUAUCUAUCCAUCUCAUUCUGUUCAUAACUAUCUCAUUCUGUUCAUAUCUAUCUAUCUAUCUAUCUAUCUAUCUAUCUAUCUAUCUAUUUCAUUCUGUUCAUAUCUAUCACAUUCUCUAGCUGAUUCUGUUCAUAUCUAUCUCAUUCUGAUCAUAUAUAUCUAUCUAUCUCAUUCUGUUCAUAUCUAUCUAUCUAUCUAUCUAUCUAUCUAUCUAUCUAUCUAUCUACUAAAAGUCUGUGAUUGCACAUUUUUUAAUCCUUCACAUUCUGUUCAUAUCUAUCUAUCCCUCUCAUUCUGUUCAUAUCUAUCUAAUUCUGUUCAUAUCUAUCUAUCUAUCUAUCUAUCUAUCUAUCUAUCUAUCUAUCUAUCUCAUUCUCUGAGUCUGUUCAUAUCUAUCUAUCUCAUUCUGAUCAUAUAUAUCUAUGUAUCUCAUUCUGUUCAUAUCUAUCUAUCUGUCUGUCUAUCUAUCUAUCUAUCUAUCUAUCUAUCUAUCUAUCUAUCUACUAAAUGUCCAGCAAUUAUUUAUUUUUUUCAACUUUCUUUAAACAAACGAUAUUUUAAAUAUUUAAAAAAUAUCUGUCUGUCUGUCUGUCUAUCUAUCUAUCUAUCUAUCUAUCUAUCUAUUUCCUUCUGUUCAUAUCUAUCUCAUUCUGUUCAUAUCUAUUCUAUCUAUCUCAUUCUGUUAUAUCUAUUAUCUUCAUAUCUAUCUCAUUCUGUUCAUAUCUAUCUAUCUAUCCUAUCUAUCUUUUAUCUUCUGUUCAUAUCUAUCUAUCUAUCUAUCUAUCUAUCUAUCUAUCUAUCUAUCUAUCUAUCUAUCUAUCUAUCUAUCUAUCUCAUUCUGUUCGUAUCUAUCGAUCUUGUUCUAUCUAUCUAUCUAUCUAUCUAUCUCUCUAACUAA